AUGGUGAAGAAAGCACCCUCGGGGUCAUGUCGAGUCAGCAACGACCAUUUGACAUACUCGGUCUCUAGUCUCUUGGCAACCGCAACGGUACAGGCGUUUACAGCGGAAAACGAGGCCCAAGAUGCGGACAAGAAGCACUCGGUCGACAAGCAGUACAAGGACGGCAAGAACAGCAAGUACAUCAUGGACGCCAUGGGGAUGAAUGGCAUGGUUGCGAGCUACAACGAGAUGGAUACGGCGAGUGCGGGUGACACGACCAACGGCAUGAACCCAACGGACGGCAGUGAGAGGUCGGAGAGCAGCCUCAAGCACGGAGUCGACACAGUGAAGUACAAGGGCGAGCAGAUACGACUUAGCGGCGACAGCAGUGCUGUGGUGACGAAGACGCAAGUUGAGUCCUCGGCGGCCAGUGUUCGUGUUGACGACUCAGAGCUAUACGACCGAGGCAAGUACUGCGCUGAAUAA